AUGGAGUUCUUUUACGAGGAACAGGCAAUCGAAAGUGGGAAUGGCACCUCUGAUGUCCCGGAGGCACACGACAAUUCAACCGAAGAAGCCUUCCAGAAAUUUGAGGGUUCCAUAGACAAGCAAUACCAAAAAACCGCCAAAGCUGUCAAGAAUCUGAUUAAUGAUGAGCAGGGCCUUGAACUAAAUCUUCCUUUGGAUUCAAGGCUCUCUGGACGAGCGCAGGGAGCACUAGACUCGCUUGACAAACAGUUGCACGAUGUUGAAAACGCUGCUCAAGAUUAUUGGAAGAAAAUGUCGAAUAAUUCGUUUUGGAGCUCUAUGACCGGCUCAUUGAGCUCCAAGCUCGAAGAAGUGGUUAAAUUGAGUGGAGGAAAUCCAGCUUCGAACACAGGGCCUUCGGGCUUGCGCGAUAGGGCGGGAACUCCGAUCGCCGGUAAUAGAACCGAUGCCGAAUUGAGGCUUCUUUCCUCUGACAAAAGCCUCUAUCUGGAUAACGCCGAUGCGAUAGAUGAAAAGGAUUUCGAUGUAGACGCUUUAACAUCCGAAAUUUCAGAACUGCUGGAAAGCAAUUCUACGCUCACUCAAACAAUGAACUCGAUAGUGCCUGAAAAAAUCAGUUACUCCAGGUUCUGGUGCAUUUAUUUCUCUAGGAAAGAUAAAAUACUGGCCAUGGAAUAUGAACGGAAGGAGCUACUCAAACCCAAAAAUAAGGAAGAGGACACUGUGAGUUGGGACGAGGACGACGACGAAGUAGAGGUCGAGGAUGGCUCAAAUUCUUUGGAGCCAAAAACGGGGGCUGGAACACUUCCAGGCGCCAGCAUUGAUGACUCGGCCAGAGAGAAAAAGCCACUUACAGUUGAGGGUAAGGAGAGUGAGGAUGACGAUGAAGAUGACGGUGAUUGGGAGUAA